UCUCUCUCUCUCUCUUUACACACACACACUUACUAAGAUGGCGUUGUCGUGUAACUUGUCCAGUUUGUUGGACUCUUUCCCGACCACAGACGAUAAACUGUCUGUCCUGCAACAAAUCAAAGUCCUCAUAAAUUCUACCAGUCGCAAAGAACUACAGGAUGACGUACAUAACAUAUCGUUUAAUUUGAUAUUUGACAGUCUACCAACUUUCAAUCGAGAAGAGAUGCAAAUCUGUUGUGAUGUAUUGAACAGUCUGUUCAUGGCAUUAUCACCAUCUUCAGUGAUGGAGAAUUAUUCUCACGAACUUCAGCAAGGUCUCACAGUCAGGAAUCAAUCAAUACAAACACUUUCACUUUCACAGUUAAAGCGUCUUCCAUCUGAUCUAUUUGAAGUCUAUUUGGCCAAGAAUCACCAGUUCCUUUCCUGUCUGCUGCAACUGUUGGCAGAAGACAAUUUACAAAUAGCCACAUCUGCUGCUUCUAUCCUUAACAAACUCGGAGACUGUCCCGAAAGUCUACAGCAACUCUUCCAUAGUGAUCUACACGCAGUGUUGGACUCCAUUAUAAAGACAAAUGACGUGGUUCGAUUCAGAGUUUAUGAGUUGCUCGUUAAUAUUGGCAAUUCAUCAGCCCGAAAUUUGUCAUUGGUGAUUGGAUCUGGUCUGUUGGAAAAUCUUCUUAACGAACUCUAUGGUGAUAGUGCGGAUGUACUGGCAAAGAUGAACUGCGUAGAACUACUAACAAACUUGACCACAAGUGACCAUGGAUUUACUUGGCUGACCGAACACAAAGUCCUUGAUUGUCUCGAGACUCUCUUGAUUAAAGCUGACUCGGAUGUUUUACUUGAACUCUUGCAGCCAGGACUGAUUACCUUUUUUGGCAGUGUAGCACGACAUCGACCCAAUGAAAUCUGCUCUAAGUACCAGCACUUCUUGUCUAAAGUUCUGUCUAGUUUGAAUUCUUCAGACAUGACAUUAAGAACCAUUGGCAUUGAAACUAUUGCACAAAUUGCUAUCACUAAAAACGGGAAGCUGAUUCUAAAGAAAUACGGCUCAAAGAUGGAUGAAGCUAUGAAGAAUGUUGGUCAGACAAUUCAGAAUUGUCCUGAAGAUGUGAAAGUCCGAGCACUUUCUGCAUUCGCGUCAAUACUCCAGCUGACGGCUGAAGACCAAAAUGAUGAGAUGCUUGCCCUCACACAGCAUUGGUUCAGCUUAAUCUCCAGCAACCCUUUUAAUUUAAUCUUCUCGAUCGGCCAACAACCAUUCCCUAACAUCCGACUGGCCUCCAAAAGCAUAUACGUGUCGUUAGCCAACCAGCGCUGGGCUUUAGAACUGAUGGCACACCACCCGACUUUCAUUGAGUACCUGCUAGACCGAUCGACCGAAGCGUCAUCAGAAGACAAGCGACUGAAGUACAAAGUAGUCGAGGCUUUGCUACAGAACAGCUGCACCGAGGAGAUGUUCGGUUCACCGAAUUACCUGAAACUGCGUUUGUAUCAGCAACAGGGACCAUUUUAUGUGCAAUCACAACCUGCUGUUACGAUGGAAGGGGACUGUUAAGCAGGUGAAACUGAUUUCAAUGUUUGUUUAUAUUGGAUCAGUUGAAAUAAAAACCAUUCUGACACCAUCAAA